AGUACUCGGCAUCGACUGAUACCACCAUUUAGUAUCUAUAAAAGUCUUUCUAGUGCUCAAUUCACAGCAUGGCUUCGCUCAAGACUGCCUUAAAACACGCUCAGAAGCCUUCUACUACCAUUCCCACCGUAGCGUUUGGCACUUACAAGGUGACAGACAAGAAUUCUACUGCAGGAGUGAUCAGAAGCGCACUGGCUUGCGGCUAUAGGCACUUUGAUUCAGCUCAAUUCUAUCAUAAUGAAGAACUCAUUGCUUCAUCUAUUGCUGCAGGCAUUAAGCAACUCGGUAUCGAGCGAUCAGAAGUGUACUAUACAACAAAGAUCUGGCCUGAUGACCACACGCCUGCUAGCCAGCUCAACCAAGCCAUACAGACCUCGAUUGACCGUGCUACACCAAGUCUUGGUUACAUUGAUUUGAUUCUUUGCCAUUGGCCUCACAAGGAUGCCGAAGUCCGCAAGUCGUCCUGGCAAGUGCUCAGCGAGCUAGUUACGGCCAAGGGAAGCAAAGUCAGAGAUGUUGGCGUAUCCAACUACAGUAUUGAUCAGAUUAAAGAGCUCCAGGAUGUCGAAGGGGCUGUCCAGCCAGUCCUCAAUCAGAUUGAGGUUCAUCCAUGGAGCUACAAGAAGCAAAAAGCACUCAUUGAGUGGUGCUUGGAGCAGCAGAUCGCAGUAGAGGCAUGGGCUCCUCUUGGUCAAGGCAACAGCGAUGUUGCCCUCUCAGAAAUCGCCAAGCGGCUCAACAAAGAUGAAAAGGCUGUCCUCGUCAAGUGGAGUGUCUUGAAGGGAUUGAUUCCAUUGCCCAAGAGUACUAAUGAAGGACGCAUGAAGAGCAACAUUGAACUAGACUUUGAUCUCAGCGAUGCCGAUGUGGCGACGCUGGAUGGACUAUCUAAGUAGGUUGCUUCUU